AAGACUGAUUCGGCGCCAUAACAUAUUCAUAUGGACCAUAAGGUACACUUUGAAGACGACAGUAAUCUUAAAGCAGUGUAUCAUUGUUAGUCUCCUUUGCGACUUUCAUAUCUAGCUGAAUAACCGCUAUUGAUUUAUGCAAAUGCUGGUCGACUCGUCUAAGAAGUAGGAGCAUCUAAAUCUCAGACACUAAUAGUCCAUAUAUAUAUAGCAACUGUUGUCAGGAGGGCCAUUGAUGAGGAUAUACUCUUUUGUACACUUACAUUUAUACACCGGACCGUACACACCUUCAAUGACCGUGAGAAAAUAUUGACUGCCCUUUGCAUCGUGUAUUCGCGGCGAUAACAAUCUUGUCUUUGCACCACCAAGCGACAUCGACUCUGAUAUCCUGACAGAAUGUCUGAUCAACCAUCACCGCCAGCAAAACCCAAACCGGGCUCUUUACGCGACAGGAUUGCAGCUUUCGAGAAGCCCACGAAUGUCCCGACGCCAGGGCCUGCACCCGUACCUCGACCAAAGCCUGGCGCAGUGUCGUGGAAGCCGAGAGCACCAUCUCCGCCGUCGGUGCAUCCUGGUGGUGACUCAUCGAUGUCGGAGCGCAAGACAGGAGGGAUGUCUGCCUCAGAUGCGAAGGAGAGCAUUGGCAAGGGCGGAAGUUUGAGGGAACGUAUGGCGGCGCUCCAAGGACGAGGCGCAUUUGGUGCACCUCCGCCACCGGUUGCACCCAAACCUGCUAUCGAACGCCCUAAGUGGAAGCCUCCCCCUCCUGUCGCGUCGCCUUCACCUGAUGAUCGCCUAGAGAAAGACGACGUCCCACGCAAGGCUCCCGAGAUUCCUUCGAAAUUGCCUGAUUCCAUUCCCCCUCAGCCGUCUUCUAUUGAAGAUGAGCCCAACGCGCCCUCUGUAGCUGGAGCCGUUUCAGAGCCCGAGGAACAAGCUGCGGAGGCUGACCCCGAGGACGAAGAGCGGCAACGAAGAGCAGCCAUUGCAGCUCGGAUUGCUCGAUUGGGUGGCGCCCGCGUCGGAAUGGGUCCGCCUGUCUUUGGGAAGGUGCCCGUCAAACCAAAGCCCAAAGCGGAACUUGUGGAAGAAGAGGCGAAACCUGUUGAAGUAGUAUCUCCGCCGCCGCCUUCUGGUGAUGAUGAAGUGCUCAAUUCCGCGCCGACGUCUCCACCUCUCGGAGAAGGAGCGGGAUCAAAGGCUCUGGAUGUCGAGCAAUCUGACGAGGGCACAAACUCUGAACCUCUUCUUACACCUCCUGAUAUCGAUGCAUCAUCCCCUCCUGCGCGUACUCCGGCUUCAAUGCCCGUUCCGGCUGGUCCCAGAAGAGCUGCUCCUCCUCGUCGAAGACCCGCAAAAUCUCCAGCUCUACCAUCUGUCGAAGACAGUCAGAACAAUAGGGAGAGCUUGGAUAUUACGUCACAUCCCAUCAGUGACUCAGAGGGCGCGUCUAAGGAGGAGACGUUGAAUGUUGUUACUGAGCUGGGGCCGGGCUCACUUACUGAAGCUGCAAAAGCACGCAUCACGAAUGAAGAGCUCAUCUCUCCCCUUGUUGUUGAAGCUGAUGUCGCAGACAUUAGAGUAUCUCCCGAAUCACCUUCGUUUCAGGGUCACAUCGAUCUACCCGAAGCGUCUAUGAAGACAUCUGAACCAAGCCAGGAGCUGGGUCCUGAUGAUAUCUCAGAGGUGCCUGUAGAGGAACAUCUCUCUCCCGCCCCGGAGCCGUCUGUCCCAUUCGCUGAAGAAAAGGAGGAUGAAGAAGCCAGGCACAAGCGCGUCGCUGAGAGAAUUGCCAAGAUGGGUGGAAUCAAUCCGUUUGUUCUUCCCUCACUUCAGAGGAAGUCAAGCACCACUUCGAAUGUAUCCGAUGUUAUUGCGCCGCAAUCGCCCACAGUCCAGAAACGUGCGAGCGUUGGAUCUAUUUCAAAGUCUCCGGAGAGAAAGUUGAGCAUCAGAAAGCCAUCUAUCGACGAGGCCCCGGUUGAAGAAGAGUCCAGUUUCAAUACAACUCCACCGCGCCGUCGCAGUUCUCAGUUCAGUGAGAACUCUCCAGCAAUGGCCAUCGCUUCGCCUCCAACUAGAACUCGCAGUGUUGAUUCAGCAACUUCAGGAGAACAAAUCCAUGCUGGUGCGAAGAGACGAUCUCAGGAUGACGCUAUACCCGUUCAGGGUGUACCAGAACCGAGAUUCCCCAUCGGGAUAACAGAAGAGCCGGAGUCGUAUGAGGAAGAGAUCAGUGCAAGGGGUGUGGCUGCUGUCGAAGUGAAGUAUCAGGUCGAGACGAAUUGGGAUGCGGAGUCGAUUGAUGACGAUCAGGGAAUAUCAAUCCAUGAUGAGAAGGCUUCGCCCGUAAUUGAGGAUCAGGAUAAGAUUGAUGACAAGAAUACCCGUCUGCCGCAGCUGGCUACUUCCGGGCCUCCACCGCCAUUGCCCGCGAGUAGCACACGGCCGUCUAUCCCGGCACCUGAGCCUGUUGCUACUCUGCCACUGCGAAGGCUUUCCAUACAGCGCGUAGAUGACAACGACAUCGUUGUUGUCUCACCGAAACGCACAUCGAUUUCGCCGCCACUUGCAUCCACUACAGAGGUUGAAGAUAGUGCUCUUUUCGCUGCGCCACCACAGCGUUCAGUUCCUCCUCCGCCGUCUGUCACACAUGAUUCACCGAUAUCACCAACAUUGCCUCUGCAAAUACCGCCCCCGCGAUCUUUUUCUAUCCUGCCGUCACAGGCUACUGAAGAGGAUGAUGAAACAGAGCCUCUUCCUCAUCCAGGACCUUUCCGUCAUUCCAUUCCUGCGCCGCAGCGAUCAUUAUCUCAAUCAAGCGACCAAUCCGAGAUAGAGACACCUUCGGCAUCUGUACACCCACAUCCUCACCGUUCUAUUCCUCCUGUUCCAGCAGAAGAGGUAGAGUCCGAUCAAGAAGCAAUACCAUUACCUCCACCACCUCCAAGGCGCCCAUCUCCUGCUUUAGAGGAGCAGCCCUUGAUCAUUCCUCCGCCUGUGAGGAGGGAGUCGAUAAAAGUUCCUCCUGGCCUCGAAUUACGUCGGCGACCCCAUACGCCACCUAUGCUGACUCCCACUGUUUCUGUCAGCGACCACUCUUCAGAACAAGAGAUUUUGGAUGAGGAAGAGGGUGAUCCAAUUGAUCCGACAUUCCACAGCCCGAGUAGGCGUGCGUCAUAUAACAGCGUUCGAGAACAAGCUGUGUCUAUAAGAGAGCCUGCAUCUCCAUCCGCUUCUGUGAGUUCCUAUAUACGAGAACCUGCAGCCCCAUCUUCGAUGGUUUCUGGACCGGCUACAGCAACAUUACCAGCACACGUUAUAGAACCCGCGUCGAUUGAAGUGCCUAUUGAAAUGGAACCGGAACAAGAGAGGCGACGGACAAUUGCUGAACGGAUGGCGAAACUGGGCGGGAUCAAGUUCGGUGCUCCCCCUAUUCCGACAUCACGACCUCCGCCCCUGCCUCAGAGAUCCCUCGACGUCCAGGAGGAUGCUGAGGGAAAUCAGCAAGAAGAAGAUGAACCGGAAUCUGUGGAAGAGGUCACUGAAGAGCAAGAAGAACGUGCACGCAAGGAACGUAUUGCCGCCAAAUUGAUAAGUAUGGGUGGAAUGCGGAUUGGCAUGAUGCCUAUGGGUGUUGGUGUUUUGCCAUCGUCAGUUCCAUGUCAUAUACCUCCACAUCCACCUGUUCGAGCCCCUCCCAUGCCUCGAGCGCCGCCGCCGACCGAAACACAGGAGACUGAUUCUGAGCAAGGGAGUCAAGCGACAUCUGACGAUGUGGUCAAAGUGGAAGCAGAAGAGAGUGAAGCGGAAGAGAUUCAAUUCGAGGAAGCUGACGAGGUGCCUGAGGAAAUACCUCCUCCGCCUAUUCCUACUCGCGAAGGCAGACGAACGUCGGUGCAGCGUCUGAUGUCGACGGAGGUUCCACCAGCAUCGUCGCGAAUUGCAAUGCAAUCGCCGACUCCCCUUCCUCCUGGUCGUCCGCCUGUGCCUAUAGCAGUUCCUCCACGACGAACCAGCGUCCAAACUGUGACAUCUAUUAAAUCAUCCUAUGGUGAGACUGGCGCAGAUCCGCAUCUGACACACAAACCCCAGUAUGACUUCAUCAUGGUUGAUGAACCUGAGGCGCAAGAUAUUCCUCCGAAGCUUGUAACUCGGCCUCCUCGAACCGGAGCGCUACCGCCGCCACCGCCUUUCUCCGAUAAUACUCCUUCCCGAAUGGAGCUGUCUGAUAGCAUAUCCUCGCAGUGGGUGCUACCAUCGAUUCCGAGCUCCUCGCUCGAGUUUGGUUCCGGUGCUACCAUGUCAGUGUCAUGGACUGAUGAUGUAGCGGAGACAGCGACAGCCAUCCCUGCUCCUGCUCCUGCACCACCCGAAAUUAUCAAGCCCUCAAAGAGCCAAGAAGAUGCGGUUCUCACUUCAGAGGAGUUGAUGGCGAUAUGGGGUCGCAUUGGUGUCCAGGUGUGUGAAGUGGCCACAUCGUUGUAUGACAAGUCGAAGAAGGCGUUGAUUGGCGAUGGGUCAUAUCAUGGAUUCAUCGAAGCUGUCUUGCACGAGGUGCCAGGUGCAGCGCCGCCUUCCCCUCCAUCAUACGGAUAUGUCAUGUAUAUGCAGACGGGGUCUUCGGUGCAGAAGAGGGCUGGAGAUAUCAUGCCUGGUGAUGUUGUGUGGCUUUCGGAUGCCAAAUUGAAGGGACAUAAAGGCAUUCAGACGUACAGCCAGCAUGUGGGCGCGAAGGAGCCGCUUGUUGGUAUCGUCAGUGAGUUUGAAGUGAAGAAGUUUAAACUCAGAGUGUUCCAGGCAAACCAGCAUGUAGGGCAACAGACGGUGGAAUCAGUGAGCUACCGCUUGGAGGACAUGAAGAGCGGUGUUGUGAAGGUAUUCCGGAUUUUGGAAGCAUAAGCAAUGAAAACAAAAUUAUAUUAUCAUUGCAGCUGCACCACAUGGGUAUUAUAGCGUUCUUCAUUUUUUUUUGCAGAAAUUCAAGCUAUCAAACCUCUAUUCGGUUAUGCUGGACAAAAGGGAAGGAGCUAAACAUUGAUACUACGAACGGCGGACAUCAUUAGUACAGGAGUAGGGAGGAGAGCA